CACUUAUCUGAUGUCUAAAGCAAGAAUGAAGCCUCAUGACACAUUUCUGCACUUUCCAAUUUAUGCAACAGCACUGGUGUUUUUUGGUGUUCAGAAAGCUGCACAGUCAAGUCCUGCUGUUCGUCUGACUGCUAAUCCUCCAUGGCCAGAUGUGUUCCCAGGAGAGACAAUUACUCUCACCUGUCAGGUUAUUGAAUCUGAGGGAUGGACCUUUGUGUGGAUGAGAUACAGACAGGGGGGUCAAACACAAAUUUCAGCCUCCAGUAGUAACGGCUCUGUGUCUGUGUUGGUCCUAAGUGCUGUGAGUGAGAGACAGAGCGGAAUGUAUCAGUGUGAAGCUGUAAAAGGAAAUGAGCGAGCUUUCAGUAACAUCCAUACCAUAACAGUCUCUGCUGAUCGUCCUCAGGCUGUCAUAGUCACAGAUCCCCCAGCCGCAGUGAUGUUCACAGGAGAAGCUGUUAGCUUAGCUUGUGACAUCAGGAAAGGGUCUGGCUGGAGAUAUUCAUGGAGCAGAAACACCCAGGGAAGAUUAGAGAGCCUCUAUGCCCACAGUACUGAAAGCCAACAAAAGCACAUCCUGCACUCUGUAAGAGAGUCAGAUAGUGGAGAGUACCUGUGUCAGGGUGAACGAGGACAAAACCUUGUGAUCCAUUCUUUCCAUGGAUCACUUGUGUUAAAUGUGUUUGGGGGAAAGCCAAAACCUGAGAAUAUUAUUAUUAUUACCCAGAAUCCCCCCAGUGGAGAGCUGUACACAGGAGAGAGAGUGACCCUGAGCUGUGGGUUUGGGGGCGAUCCUGCUGGCUGGGAGUAUCUCUGGUACAAAGACACACUGAGACACACUGGGCCCAACACUGACAGCAGCAGGACUGAUGGGUCCAGUUUCACCAUCAGCUCUGCUGCUCUGGCCCACAGUGGAGAGUACCGGUGUAGAGCUGCAAGAGGAAGAAAACCUUUUUACUCAGACUACAGCGAUCCUCUGACUUUAGAAAUAUCUGUAUUACCUCAAACACAUCUGACCGUGCAGUCUGGAUGGACAGACGUCUUCCCCAAAGAAACAGUGACUCUGAGGUGUGUAAUUCAGGGCAGCUCUACAGAGUGGAUGUAUAAAUGGUAUAGAGAUGGACGGGAGCUUCCUGUAGACAAGGCUGACUCCAGCAGUGUAAAUGGAGACACAUACACAAUCCUCUCUGCUAAUCAGUCACAUGCUGGACUGUACACCUGCAGAGGAGAACUCACAAGGAGAGCAUCUGUACACUCUCUGAUUGGCAGCUCUGCUAAUUUGAGUGUUCGAGCUCUCCCACAAGUUCAGCUGACCGUGCAGUCUGGAUGGACAGACGUCUUCCCCACUGAAACAGUGACUCUGAGGUGUGUAAUUCAGGGCAGCUCUACAGAGUGGAUGUAUAAAUGGUACAGAGAUGGACGGGAGCUUCCUGCAGACAAAGCUGACUCCAGCAGUGUAAAUGGAGACACAUACACAAUCCUCUCUGCUUAUCAGUCACAUGCUGGACUGUACACCUGCAGAGGAGAACUUACAAGGAGAGCAUCUGUACACUCUCUGGUUAGCAGCCCUGCUACAUUAAGUGUACGAGGGGGAAAUCCAAAACCCGUUAUUACCCAGAAUCCCCCCAGUAGAGCGAUGUACACAGGAGAGAGAGUCACCCUGAGCUGUGGGUUUGAGGGAGAUCCUGCUGGCUGGGAGUAUCUCUGGUACAAAGACACACAGAGACACACUGUGCCCAACACUGACAGCAGCAGGACUGAUGGGUCCAGUUUCACCAUCAGCUCUGCUGCUCUGGCCCACAGUGGAGAGUACCGCUGUAGAGCUGCAAGAGGAGGAAAACCUUUUUACUCAAACUACAGUGAUCCUCUGACUUUAGAAAUAUCUGUAUUACCUCAAACACAUCUGACCGUGCAAUCUGGAUGGACAGAGGUCUUCCUCAAUGAGACAGUGACUCUGAGAUGUGUAAUUCAGGGCAGCUCUACAGACUGGAUGUAUAAAUGGUACAGAGAUGGACGGGAGCUUCCUGUAGACAAGGCUAACUCGAGCAGUGUGAAUGGAGACACAUACACAAUCCUCUCUGCUGAUCAGUCACAUGCUGGACUGUACACCUGCAGAGGAGAACUUACAAGGAGAGCAUCUGUACACUCUCUGAUUGGCAGCUCUGCUACAUUGAGUGUUCAAGCUCUCCCACAAGCCCAGCUGACCAUGCAGUCUGGAUGGACAGAGGUCUUCCCCAGUGAAACAGUGGCUCUGAAGUGUGUAAUUCAGGGCAGCUCUGCAGAGUGGAUGUAUAAAUGGUACAGAGAUGGAUGGGAGCUUCCUGUAGACAAGGCUGACUCCAGCAGUGUAAAUGGAGACACAUACACAAUCCUCUCUGCUGAUCAGUCA